AAAUCAUGUUGAUGAAAAUGAGGUGGAAAUGGAUAUUUAUACUUAUAGUUACAUCAUUUAAUUUUGAUGCAGUAUUUUUAGAAGAAACCGUAACAGAAGUUGUAUUUACUGUAAGUAGUAGUCGUGGGUCUACACGCAGUUCAACAGACUCGUACAGUGGUUUCACAGAUCCAUUGAAUAGUGAUGAAAGUCAUCAAACAAUAUCAAUACCAGAUCCAGUUGCCGAAGAACAAAUUCGAAAACAUUUUGUCGGAGUUGUUACAACUGAUCAUACCGUUGAACGGCAAAAGAUAAAUGCAUCUGGAUCACCUUUACCAUUUAAAACUAGUAAAUUAAUUCGUAAGCGUCCACGGCCAAAAGUUAAUGAAACUAAAGAAAUUUUAAAUGUUGAAAGUAGUGAACGAGAAUCGCAAGUGGUAUUUGUAAAUGAAAAUGCUGGCUAUGUUCCAUUACCAUCAAGAGGCCGACCUGGGUUAACAAUUGGUUCAUCAUCAUCCUCAAUUCCAACGAAAGUAAUUACAGAUCGAAUUGGAGUAACAACUGGUGCAGGUAUACCUAGUACUGGAUCAUCAGGACCACCAGAUUUAACAGCGGCUGGUCUUGAUUGGCAUCAUCAAACUACAGCGAUUAGUGAAGGUUGGGAUCGUGAAUAUCGACGUUUUCGAUUCAAUAAUACACGCGUUCAACAUAUUGAAGCUGAAUGUCAAGACGAUUAUAUGAAAAUUCGUAUUGGAUUCAAUGGCUCUUUUGCGGGAUUACUAUAUUCAGCUGGAUAUGCGUACGACCCAGAUUGUAUGUAUAUAAAUGGAACUGGUAGAGAUUACUACGAAUUUUAUAUACAAUUAAAUCGCUGUGGGACUUUAGGAAAAAAUACACAUAGUGAAAAUAGUCGAAAAGCUCCAAGUAAAAAUUUCAUGUGGAAUACGGUUACUGUACAGUAUAAUCCAUUAAUUGAGGAAGAAUUUGAUGAACAUUUUAAGGUUACUUGUGAAUAUGGUUAUGAUUUUUGGAAAACAGUAACUUUCCCAUUUUUAGACGUUGAAGUAGCUACUGGGAAUCCAGUGGUAUUUACCCUUACUCCACCUGAAUGUUAUAUGGAGAUACGUUACGGAUAUGGAACUCAGGGUAAUCGAGUUGCUGGGCCAGUACGAGUAGGAGACCCUUUAACGUUAAUUAUUUACAUGAGAUCGAAGUAUGAUGGAUUUGAUAUUGUUGUAAACGAUUGCUAUGCCCAUAAUGGUGCUACGAAAAAGAUUCAAUUAAUUGAUGAAUUUGGUUGUCCAGUGGAUGAUAAAUUAAUAUCAAGAUUUAGAGGUUCUUGGUCGGAUAGUGGAGUAUUUGAAACACAAGUGUUUGCAUAUAUGAAAACAUUCCGUUUCACAGGAUCACCCGCUUUAUACAUUGAAUGUGAUGUUCGUAUGUGUCAUGGACGAUGUCCUAGUCAACCUUGUCACUGGCGUAAUUCAAAACAAAAACGUUCAAUCAAUUCAACUGAGGACGCAUUAUCAAAACCGUUACAAAAUUCAUCAUCGUUAUCGGAAAAUGUAAAUUUAUUCCAAUCAUUACGUGUAUUACAAGAAGGUGAAAAUGAUGAUUCAUCUCCCAAUCCAAUUAUUCAACAAAGUGCACCGGACACAAACAAUAAUGUUUGCAUUAAAACAGGCUGGUUUGGUGCAAUCUUAACAUUAAUGGCUGCAAUAUUUUUUGCAUUAAGUGGUAUUUUAUUAACAACUUGUUCAAGAUUAAAGAAACAAAAAUCAAUUGGCGGUAGAACCGAUUCAACAAAUUUUUCUGGUUACAUGAGUCAUAAAGGCUGUAUUAAUUAAUUUUUAGUA